AUGGUUGUUCAUAUUUUAGGGAAAGCUUUCAAAGGGAAAGAGGUCAUUAAAAUUGCAUUAGCAUCUAAAUUCUAUGGUAUUGGUACAAAAACAUCGGAAAAAUUAUGCUCAAAGCUAGGAUUCUAUCCAUGGAUGAGAAUGCACCAAUUAUCAGAACCACAAGUAAUGAGCAUAACUAGUGAAUUGUCUAAUAUGACAAUAGAAGGUGAUGCAAGAGCGGUCGUGAAGGAUAAUAUCCAACGAUUGAAGAAGAUAGGUUCUUAUAGAGGUAUGAGACAUACUUUGGGACUACCUGCAAGAGGUCAAAACACAAGAAAUAACGCCAAAACUGCAAGAAAACUGAACAAAAUAGAUAGAAGAGGCUAG